AUGGUUGCUGCUGUCGACCCGACCUACCCCCUGUUCCCUGUCGCCGCCUUCCUAGCGGCGGGAAUGCUGCUCUUGAUACUCAUGACCAGCCUCAUUCGACAGAGUUGGAAUCUCGGGGUCGCCUUCCUAUGCUUUUGGCUUUUCAUCGCGAACCUCACUAGAGGAAUCAACGCCAUCAUAUGGGCUGACAAUGCCGAUAUCAAGCUCUACGUAUAUUGCGAUAUCGUCACACGUUUGCAGCUCAUCGCUGCGCUUGUUGGACCUAUGUCGACCUUGAUCAUAACACGUCGAUUGUAUCUCAUCGCCAGCCUGCGAACGGUGGAGUUCCCCUCAGCAUCCGCGAGGCGCCGGGAUAUGUUCAUAGAAUGGACCCUAGGACUGGUGAUUCCCGUACUCGUGGCCGGGCCUCUCUUCUAUACUGUCCAAUAUUAUCGAUUCCGAGUGCAAGAAGGCUUCGGUUGCACCGUCCCUGCGGAUCCCACGAUUCUCACGGUCCUCCUCGUCAGUUCAUGGGACGUCAUUCCCCCUUUGGUUUCGGUCUUCUUCUACUAUCCUAAAGUGAUCUCAACCUUCUACCGACAGGGGCGGGAUAUGAACCGUUUCCUACGAAGCAAUGAUUCGAUAUCGCGCGCGAGUUACAUCCGGAUCUUGGCCCUUGCAAGCAUAGACCUCAUACUCACUCUUCCCUUUGGCAUAGUAUCCCUAGUUAUCGACAUCAACCCGUCAGCUGGGGAGCCUUUCCGCUUUUACGACGGAUGGGGCUACGUUCACCUUGCCAGUGACUGGCAGCCAAUAGCCUUCUCGUAUAGCAACUUGCUGUCCAAAGGCAAUGUCACAGUCUCCCAGUUCUACUUCAGUUCAUGGGUGUAUCCAAUCCUCUCCUUCAUCAUUUUUGGGUUCUUCGGCAUCUCAUCGGAGGCCCGCGCAUCUUAUCAUCGUGCCUUCCACGCCGUUUGCGGAUGGUUCGGUUGGAAACAGGCAUCCCUUUCACACGGAGGGUUGCAUCGCGGGGAUGUGCACAUGGGCGAGCGAUCGGUGGAUCUCGAAAUCAGCUCGUAUCCGAGUCACAUCAACCCUGACACUCAACUUCAUGGGUACGGCGGAGAUGAAGGCAGACCAGCGAGGGAUCAUGAGUGUGAGUCUGACGUCGGGUUCAAGGAGUCGAAAUAG